AUGAAGAAAACAUCCGAUAUUAUCAAGAAUGAAGAAAGUGCCAUGGAAAUCACAUCUUUCUUGACGUCCGUAGAGAUCCAACAAUCAAGUGCAAAACUUCUACAACCAAUCUACCAUGGUGAUCAACCAGUUUCAACGACAAUGUUUGUCCCUCUUAAUGUCUUUGAUAGGUUGUCAGAUGACAUAUACAUAUCGAUGUUAUAUGCUUACAAACCUCCGAACCCAUCAAACACAUUGUUAGAACAAGGCCUUAGAAAAACUUUAUCGGAGUACCGAGAAUGGGCUGGUAGGUUCGGUGAAGAUGAAAUUGGUCAAACUAUAAUUUUACUCAAUGAUCAAGGGAUGAGCUUUACUGAAGCUUCGGCUAACUGCACCCUUGAUCAGGCGUUUCCUUUUACAACACCAAUCUUACUAAAACUUAGCCCAAACUUUGAAGGAGUGGAAGAACUGGCUGCUGUUCAGCUCACAAGAUUUACUUGCGGUUCCCUAGUUUUGAGUUUCUCGGCACAGCAUAUUGUGGCUGAUGGACAGUCUGUGAGUCAUUUCAUGAUUUCUUGGGCUCAGGCUUGUCGUGGACUCGACAUCCACCCUCUUCCUUUGUGCAACAGGAACAUAUUUGUUCCACGAAAUCCAUUUAAUAUUGAGUUCGAUCACAGAAGUGUUGAGAUAGUAAAGAGGAAGAUCAGCAAAUAUUCGAUUCCGCUUCCUUACGCAGAAGAUGAUUUGGUACAACAGAUUCUUCAUUGCACGCCCGAGUUCAUAGCCAAAAUCAAGAAUAAGGCUUCUUUUUCACCCGGUUCAUCUUUUUCAGAUGUUAAUGGUGGAUGUAAGCCACCUUAUAGCACUUUCGUUUGUUUGGCUGCACAUUUAUGGACAGUGAUUACAAGGGUUCGGGGACUUGAUGAUUCUCAAACAACAUACGUCAAAAUCUCUGUAAAUGGUAGGAGAAGGUUAAGACCUCCGAUUCCAGAUGAGUACUUUGGAAAUAUGAUACUCUGUGCAUUCUCGGAAACUCAAGCAAAGAACCUUUACGAGGAACCUUUGAGUCACAUAGCAAAGAUAGUACAGGAAGAGGUGACAAAGGUGGAUGACAACUACUUCAAAUCUUAUAUAGAUUUUGCAAACAAAAAUCUGAAAGAUGAUGGUCUGACACCGCGGAAAGCAGAUCCCCUGAGUGUGCCAUCCUGCUGGCCCAAUUUGGAAAUCAAUAGCUGGCUUGGUUUUACAUUCAAUGAUGUUGAUUUUGGUACUGGUAAACCUUUCAUUUGUAUACCAUCAUUCGAUCCUCUGGAGGGAGAAACAUACGUGGUUCCUUCCACUGUUAACGACAAAAGCAUAGAUGUGUAUAUAACUUUGUUCCAGCAACAGCAAGCACUCUUCAAGGAAAUGUUUUACAACAUAGACUGA